AUGGCUAAUACCUGCACAAACCUCACCGGCGUUGUGCGCUUGGAGCGACAGUUCAAGAUUGACGGGUUCAGCCUGCUGACCACGACCAUGUCCUGGAGCGAGUUCGUCAAAUUCAGGUGGGAUGCCGGUGGCUACGAGUGGGAAAUCCAUUGCUACCCCAGCAGUUCAGAACCCGGUAUGUAUGGGGUAGCACUCGAGCUUAUGCUCUUUGCUGACGCCGGCUCUUGCAACGUGAGGGCCAGAUUAGGUUGUCUCCUGGUACAUCCGAGGAUGCUGCACAAUGCAUCCCACUCAGAAGAGAGUGUGACGUACGUGUUCAAGCGCCCGAAAGACUGCUCAGCCAAAGUUUUCCUUGUGGAUGCACGCUAUCUACCGGCACCGGCUUCUCUCAAAGAUGACUAUCUGAACGUGCAGUGCGCCAUCACUAUCGUGAAGGAACUUCCAGAAGCCGCAAAAUUGGUUCCCGCUCCAUCCUCCAACUUGCACCAGCACCUCGGCGAGCUCUUGCAGAGCCAGAAGGGAGCCGACGUCACGUUUCUUGUCUCUGGUGAGUCCUUUGCUGCUCACAAAAACAUACUUGCUGCAAGAUCCCCGGUGUUCAUGGCCGAGUUCUUCGGGCACAUGAGGGAGGCGAGCUCUGGACUUGUCGUGAUUGAGGACAUGGAGCUGCAAGCGUUCAAGGCCAUGCUCCACUUUAUGUACACCGACACGGUUCCUGAGCUUGACCUGGAGCUGGAGGCCGUAGCGACGAUGGCUCAACACUUACUUGCAGCUGCUGACAGGUACGGGCUAGACAGGCUCAAGGUGAUCUGCGAGAACAAGCUCUCUGGUGGCAUCACUGUUGAAACGGCGGCCACGACUCUGGCUUUGGCUGAGCAGCACAACUGCUUGCACCUCAAGGCCAAGUGUGUCGAGUUCAUCGUCAGCAGUCCAGCGAUUCUUGAUGCGGUGGUUGCGACGGAGGGGUAUAAACAUCUGGAGGCAAGCUGUCCUGCAGCGCUUACUAGCAUAGUCAUCUCCAUGCGUGGGAGAAGGAAUUGAAGCCUAUAAUUAGGCGAUGAAUGACUCUAAUAAGUACAUGGAUGCUGUAGUAGAGCUUCACUAUGACUAUCUUUUGCCUAAUGGUGAAGUAUGUCAAUCUAACUAGUGCUCAUAUUUUGCCCUAACAUUUAUGAA